CAAGAGCCGUGUAAUCAUACCAGACGGUGUACGUCCUCCGAGGAAGAAUGUUGUGUUUGGUGCCGUGCGUCCUAUUUCUAUUUCAUCCAUUACUAACGGAUUCUUCAGGAAUUAAACCCCAUGCCUUUGUCAAAAGUGAGGUUGGUUCUUUUCUGAAGCAUGCGCCGUGGAAACACACUGAUAUGUCUGCAUCUCUCAGCGGUCCAAUGAUUUUGACUCUCCAGUCCAAGUAUAAGUUAGGUGGUGGUCUCGUUUUCAGAAAGAAAUUUCCUGAAAAGUACAAAGACUGCUCAGAAAUUUUGAAAAUGAAACCACACAGAAAAAACAGAGACGGUGUCUAUACCAUCUACCCCACUGAAGGAAAAAAGAAAAAGGUGUUUUGUGACAUGACAACAGACGGAGGGGGGUGGACGGUGAUACAAAGACGAAUGGAUGGAACCAUAAACUUUCAAAUCAAAAAAUGGAAAGAUUUUGCAGAAGGAUUUGGUCGUGCGGAUCACGAAUACUGGCUUGGUAACAAUGCCAUGCAUGAUUUAACAAAAAGCGGGAAAAUGAAGCUAAGAAUAGAUAUGAAAAGGUUUAACGGGGAACAAGGAUUUGUACAAUACUCCACGUUUGUUGUCGGAAGUAGAUCAGAUAAGUACAAGCUGAAAAUAGCGGGGUUCCGGGGAUCCUUCGGAAUGAAGGAUUCCUUUGCUUAUCAUAAUGGGAUGAAAUUCUCUGCAAGAGACAGUGAUAAUGACCAAUGGAGCAGUAACUGUGCCGUAUCGUAUGGAAAUGGAUGGUGGUUUAAAAGCUGUCAUCAUUGUAAUCUUAAUGGUGUAUACUAUAGAAAAGCAACAGUUAGUAAUAACGGAAUGACCUGGCUUUACUGGGAAAACAAAAGCUCCUGGGAUGUUUUGAAAUCCUCAAAGAUGAUGAUCAAACCAAAGACAUAAAUGUAAUUGGAUAUGAUCCAUGCUGACCAAUAAAUUCUUAGAAAGUGAA